AUGGCUGGAUUUGCAGAGACGGCGGUGAACAUCGGAUUCGCGUGCCAGCUGCUCUCGGACAACAUGAUAAUCCUGGAAGAUAAGGACAUCAAUCGUUUGCUGGAGAACUAUUGGAACGAAAACUACCAGCAGCGGGCGUUCAAGAUGAUGAGCCACUACAAUAUGGCCUUGGUUAUCAAUGGGGAGUUCUUGGAUCAGCUGCUCCUGUCCUUACGCAAGGAGCCCCGAGCCCUGGUCCAGAAUGCAGUGGUGGAUGAGGCCACCCAGCAGCUGGGCAUGACCCGCCUAGACUUCCUCCAGGCUCGGAGGAUCUCACAGAUAUGGAAAAACUUCGGGCCCUUCAUGGCCCCAGCCCAGUCGGCCGACUCCAAGACCCAGCAGAGCCCCGAGGUCCUGCGGGAGAGGGCCUUCGUCGACCUGGCCUCCAAGUGCCAGGCUGUCAUCUGCUGCAGGGUGACGCCCAAGCAGAAGGCCCUGGUGGUGGCGUUGGUGAAGAAGUACCAGCAGGUGGUGACGCUGGCCAUUGGAGACGGAGCCAACGACGUCAACAUGAUCAAGACUGCGGACAUCGGCGUGGGGCUGGCUGGUCAAGAGGGCAUGCAGGCCGUUCAGAACAGCGACUACGUGCUGGCCCAGUUCAGCUACCUGCAGCGGCUGCUCCUUGUGCACGGGCGCUUGUCCUACAUGCGAAUCUGCAAGUUCCUGCGUUACUACUUCUACAAGACGGCGGCCAGCAUGAUGACCCAGAUAUGGUUCUCCCUCUUCAACGGCUUCUCUGGGCAGCCCCUGUACGAAGGCUGGUUUCUGGCUCUCUUUAACCUGCUGUAUUCCACGCUCCCAGUCCUAUACAUUGGUCUCUUCGAGCAGGACGUGACUACUGAGAAGAGCCUAAACAUGCCAGAGCUCUACACGGCUGGCCAGAAAGAGGAGCUGUUCAACUACAGCAUCUUCCUGCAGGCCAUUGCCCACGGCCUCCUCACGUCCCUUAUCAACUUCUUCGUAGCGGUUCUGGUCAGCCAAAACAUGUCCAAGGCUGGCAGCUCCAAUGACUACCAGUCCUUUGGGGUUCUGGUGGCAAUAUCUAGCCUGCUGUCCAUCACCCUGGAGGUCAUUCUUAUCAUUAAGUACUGGACGCUCCUGUGUGUGGUCAGCAUCGCGCUGAGCCUCGGCUCCUACGUCAUCAUGACAAGCCUCACGCAGAGCCUGCUGCUCUACAGGAUCUGGCCCCAGACCUUCCAGUUUCUGUUCGCUGAUUACAAAGUGCUCAGCCAGCCCUCCAGCCUCCUGGUGAUCACGCUCAGCGUAGUGCUCAACACGCUGCCCGUCCUGGCCUUUCGCACAAUCCAUGAAAUCAUCUUGAAACUGCGCCGCAAGGAAGAGGCAGUCCCAAGCGAAGAGAUGGCUGUCGAGCCACCCAUGACGCCUCUUCGUCGUGGGGCCCCAGCCCGCCGGUCCAGCUACGCCUUCUCCCACCGUGAGGGCUAUGUAAGCCUCAUCACCCAGGGUACCAUCCUACGCAGGCCCAUGGGCGAGCAGAGUGGAGACAUGGCCUGUGAGUCCUUGAACCUGUCCGAGGAAGACCUACCUUCGUUCCACAAGGAAUCCAUGUUUAACCCACGGAAGAUCUCCAUCCUGGCCAAGAAGAGGCUUCAGCACUUUGGACGGGGGCCCCAGGAAGAGGUCCACUCUAACAUCAGCUCCCAAAUUAUGGAGAAGCAGGCCGCUCUGCUUCUGGACUGCCACACCUCUGACACGAAGAAGCCACUCACCCUAAGCUCCUUAAAGGGCUCGCUUCAGCUGCCCCUGUCGGAGAGCCAGGCCUGCCACAGGGUGCCGUCGCAGUACGCCCUGGAUGUCGGGUCCUCCCCUCGGAGGGGCCCUCACUGGAAAAGGUCAGCCUCUCCCAGCCAUCUGGAGGUGCCCAGAGAGAAACCCUGACUUGGGCUAACCAAAAGCCCCUUGCACAGUGUGACCAUCACCUGCGAGCAGAGGCCAGAGGUGGGGCAGUGUCACCGAGGCUCCAGUGCACAGAGCCCUGCCCUGCGGGAGCACAGCCACUCAACAGCCAGCGUCCAGAGACACAAGCGGGCGACAUCCUUGUCUUUUUUAAUAAAACAGGGUCCCUCUGGCCCCAGGGCU